AUGCAAAGGUCAGUUUGUGAAGUAGAUGUUAAUGCAACGCUAAGCGUGACAGAGGCUUGCAAGAAGAUAAUAAAGGUUUUAUUAUUAAAUAUACUUUUUUAGUCUAUUAUAAAUGGGCUGAAAUCUGCGCAUUUUUAGUCUGAAGCUUCCCAAAGAUAAGUCGGCCAAUUGUUAAUUGCAUUUUUUCAAAUACUCCAUAUGUUGUAGAGCAGUAUGGUCUAAAAUGUAAAAAACUUAGCCAAAAGUGUAGAGCUGUCCUGCUUUGAAGUCUUUCUUGCAUAUGUUAUUCAAAGAAUUCAGGAUAAUCUCUCCCCUGAGGAAAUCAAGCGACUAUCGUAUCUCUGAUUUACAUGGUAGAUGUGCGUGCCGUGAAUUCCGAAGAUGAAGCGCUUUACGAUCGGAUCACUAUUCAUGCAUUUACAGCCUUUGUAAGCACGGAUAUUUGGUCUGUAAUACAAAAGUUUCCACACGCUGACAACUAUGUUAAUAAAUAUGGUAAAAAGCUGUUGUGCCCUCACUACCUGGCUAUAAGUCUGUUAGACUUCUUUCGGUCCUGCCCAAUUAAGUUUCUUUUAUUUUCAGUUCGUAUCUUUUACUUUGGACUAAGCUGUUUUCUCAGUGAUUGAAUAUAAGUGACAUUCACUUUUGGUUUUUUGUUUUGCUGGCGUGACAGUGAAAACCAGCAAUAAGCUAUUUCAUGAUCGUAAGUGUUAAGUCAUCUACCUGCUUUUGUCCUGAUCCUUAACCGUGGUGCAGCUAUGUUUUACCUGUUCGUUUGUCUUACUCAAGACGGCUGGAUGGAAAUUUUUCAAGCUUUUCAGGUAGAACAAUCAGGUGGAUUUGUUAUUUCGGACAAGUAUUUCCUAGCCUUAGUUAUAAUAUAGCCUCCACGCGCACUAUUCUUCUUCUCUUUCUUUAUCACUUAGACUUUUGAAAAGAAAAAAAUGAUGAAUAAGAGGACAAAAAACAAAUAAAAUAAAAAGUUAUGUGUGUGUUAGGGAUCACUUGAAGUUAGAACAAAAUUUGGGGCGAAAAAAAAAGAAAAAAAUUUACAAUUGCUUACUGUGACAAACGCGAGGGGCGACUGGCGGAGUGUCACUCGCAGUUUAUGUGAUUCACAAGAUCUUUGCCUGAUCUUGAUCUUGGUCACUUGCUGGAUUUGUUCUCCGUAGUCCCGAGUUCAUUUCCUUGGUCAUGCUUGUAAAUAACCCACUGGAGUUUGUUCGUCCAGAGGGGACUGAUCCUUCUUUCGUCGUUACUUGUUUAUCUCAACGUGACCCACUAGAUUACCAGUAAUUUUGUUACCCCUGUAAAGUCAAUUAUUGUUUAUUCUUUUAUAAUGUAACGCUCCGCCAUACACAAUUUUUUUCCACAGGAUGUCGGAGAGAAUUAUUAUGUCGGCGGAGGGCUGUUUCUUCUUGUGUUCAUAGCUAUUGGCGCGUUUGUAUUUGCUAACCUCGUUGUGGCUGUUGUGGUUACAAAUCUGGUAAGCGAAUGUUGUUUUUCCCCUCUGAUAUAUUUUUAUUACGAAGGCCCUCAGUUUCUUUUACACAUCUCUACCUGGGUUCGUACCACAGUGGAAGCUCUCGUGUGCGGACACCCUCGGCCAGGCCUCUUACCAGAAUGGUUCUGAUAUGCGGCCACUGGAGGUGCAAAAGCUAGAUUGCCGCUUGCGGGAGCUAGCUCAGCUACAAAUAAAUACUGGAAAUGCAAAAAAAAAACCUGUUUGUUAGUGUUUGGUUAUACUGGGGUGUUCUGAUCACGUUGUAGUCUAGGCGCAAGCAUUUUUAUUAUUAUUUUGAAGUGUAACCGGAGUGUAAAAACAAAAGUAACUCUUAAACGGAUAUAUGCGAAUGAUUUAAUGUCACAAACAGCGAUAUGAAAAAAAAAAAAAAAAAAAAAACAUUCAGAGGCGAAUAAGAUUUUAUUUCGGUUGUCCGUUUGCGCGAGCUUUUAAACAAAGCUAACGUCUAUUUCUUAAACCCUUAAAGUGUUGGCCUUCCGAGAUAGUCGGAUCCGCGGAGUUGAGAAAGCGCGAACUCGAAAAAAAAAACGGCAGGAAACUGGGAGGAGGAAGGGCGGCGAGAAAUUUGAGGAAGAUUCCAAGUCGUUAACACAUCAACAGUUUGACAGCCAAAAUCUAAUUAUCUCAAAGGUGCCAAAAGUGGGCGGAAGAGGGUCGUAGAAGAAAUGACGACAGGCUCUCUCUCCCUUCCUUUUUCCCUUUUUCCAGCUCGACGCCCUUUUCGCGCGCCUUUCACUUUCGCGCCUUCGUCACUAUCUGAGAGCCUAGAACAGGUUAUUUAUUUUAAGGCAAAAGCGACUUGAGCUUUCGUGAUAUUUCGGACGGACAAGCCGUCCUUCUUCAGGGGAUUGGGAUUUCAUGAAGAAUCGAAACGUCGUUACAAUUUAAAUAGUAUAGACGAGGAGCAGUUGGAAAUUUGAUACAAAGGUAAUGUUCAAAAACUAAAUGGGCCAAUAUUAAUAAUGGUAAAAAUUCGUUCAAAAGUGACAUUAUUUAAUUAACAGAAAAUAAUAAUAAUAUAUUAAUAAAUAAAAUGAAAUAUAAAAUUAUGAAAAUCAAUGAUGAAAUAAAUAAGUAAAUAAAUGAUUGAACGGUCGUCGUCCUCUCUGUUUAUUCCCUGUGGCGGCAUAGUUUAAUGUAAAAACGUUAGGAUUCUCUUUUGGUUUUCAGUAAGUUCCACGUCUCAGGGGCACCCAACGAGGAUAUAGUUCAAAACCACUUAACAUAGCAUUGUUGAACGUAUUUUAGUAUUUAAAGGGUAGAGAUAGGCAUAUUUUUAUCCCCUAAAAACUUUUCAUCUGUUCGGAUUUCCUAGCUGAAAGUCUAGUGAUCCGAAAAUUAUACGGAUGAAAACUUACCAUUUCGAAAAUUUCAGCCGGGAAAAGGCUCCCGAAAAUUCUAGGUGGCCUUUUUUGGGGUAAAUAUCCGUUUAAAAUGGGUAAUUAUACUAUUUUGUAGAUGUUCGAAAAUCCUAGGAGAGGCAGACAAGCAAGAAAUUUUACAACAAAUGCUCCGAAAAUUCUAGUUCUCAAAUCGUCUUCCGAACAGAUAUUUUCCCGAAAAUUGCCGUUGGGUGCCCCUGACGUCUGAAAGUUGGUGCAUGCGGGUUGAUUGAAAUGCUGUGGCACUGCGUCGUCAGUGUUAUUUUGUAUCGCUCUGCGGUUUUGUUUUGCCUGUUCGAUGUAUUCCGCUGGUGUGUUUGAGGUGCUUUUUCAUUUCCGAAAUAUCGGAAAACCUAAAGUCGCUUUUGUUUUUGCUGUUUUGGUAAAGUAAUGUUUAUAAAAAUGCAGAGUUUUAUGGGAUAGCGGCCGUAAGUACGUAAGUAGAGCUGUCUCCUUACGAGAGUGCCCGUUAAGAGAGCUUCGGUUUCACUGUACCUUCAAAAGCGUUGCGACCUUGAAUCAUUUUCGAGCUUGGCUUAAAAGUGAAGAUUUUUUUUUAAACGCGUCAAUGUCUUCCUCUUAGAUGUUUUUAUGAUCGUUUAUACCUGGCUUUUACCGGCAGAAAAUUAAGCGAAAGCGCACCAAAAUGGAUACGUGAGACAUCUGACUGAAAUUAAAUAGGUCGCGCGGAAAUUGACGACUUGAAAUAUCCAGGGUUAGUAAAGGACUUAGACCCUGUUUACAUGGAGUGGGGGACCCCGGUCUAGUGGGGUAGGUUUCUUUUGUUCUGUGUCUCCUAGAGUGUGAAAACAAAAGAAACCAACCCCACUAGACCGGGGUCCCGCACUCCAUGUAAACAGGCCCUUAGUAAGAAACAGUUCGCACUCCUACACAAAUAUUGGUGCUAUUUCAGUACAAAAGGUGCGGCUUUCUUUAAAGCAGUUUGCAAACAGAUUUUUUAUAUUCAUAUUAUUUAUUGUUCAAGUAUAGGUAGCUUUAUUAUUACAUUGGUAUUUUGUCAAGGAAAAUUAAAGUCCCUAUAACAGGCAUAGCACGUAUCUAGCACCCUGUCAGAGAAGAUAAAGUAGAAUUCGGAGCCAAGUCUACGUUGACUUGUCAGAAGGAGAAUUUUUCGGACAUUUGGCUGGUCAGCCAAUUUCCGCGACUGAGUAACUAGCCAAUCUAUACAACAAGUCAGUCAGGUGAUUAAUCAUCGGAUUAGCCGCGGGGGUUAAAUUUCUCUUACUAUUUAUUCCGAUUACAGGAGUUUGCAAUGGUUGAUGUGAAGACUGAAGGGAAAGAGCGUGAAACGGACGAUCUGAAAUCCCAACUGGAGGAAGAAGGUAAACUUCCGUAAUUCAGGGUAUUUUAAUAUAUGUGCACUAAACGAUCGUCUUUAUAUUUUAGAUCAGGGAGUUUACGAGGUGAAGUCGGCGACAGCAACAAGAACGUUAAAUAAUUAAUUUGUAGUCUGCGCGGCUACGACGUGAAAUCUCCUAUUAAAUACGACGCAAUUUAUAGCGGACGUUACCACACGGCGACAACUUUUUUCUCAGCCCCUCAGAAUUCAUUUCCUGAACAAUUCCCCUGAUUUUGACAAAUUCAGUGUUAGAGUUGGAAUAAUUGUGAUCAAUUAAAGAACUGCGAAUUCACUUUUUUUUAUUAUUUCCCUGCCGUCGCUGUCGUGGUAUCUUCAACUUUCUUAAUACAGGACCACCGCAGCAUCUAUUUCAGUCAACGCGGAAGCUUGUAUGCAUGAUAUGAUGCAUGGAGCUUCGUGCAGAAUCAGCUCAAAUAUAACUCUCUGGGAAAUUCUUCGUUAUGUGGCCAGUAUUCUGCAUUUGGACUCUAAUGCGCUUGCCCAUAUGUGCCGCUGCGUGACGGCAGACUCAGAAAUCAUUUCGAAUUGUCCCAAGUUUCAAACCCUGUUCCGAAUCUUUUCGAACAACAGUCGAGAUUUUAACACCGAACGUUGCCAAUGUUUAAGUCAUUCUUACUUGGAGCCUACUUGUGUUCGUUAAUUGAGCGAAGGCUCUGAGCACAUUCUAAAGCCUAACCUAGUUGUUUACCCUGUUGUCGCAAUCGCCGCGGUACCAAAUAACAAAGUUUUACUAAAAGUGUUUAGGAAAUUAAAAUCUCUUUCCAAAAACAGACGUAGAAAUGAGAAAUAGCAGUAUAAUUGACUUGAUUUCAGUAAUAAUUAUGAGCUGUUUGACUGUUUAGAUAUCACGGCCCAAACCGUGGGUUUAGAGGAGGUCCCCAGUUUUGUUUAUUUGAAUCAGAUGCCCUUUCAAUUACCGGUAAGUGGCUAUCUUUCUUGUCGUUCGAAUUUGACGUCCAUCGAUCGAGAAUUUAGUAAGAUUGUUCUAACUGAUAAUUCUACAGGGGAGUCUUUAAACAAUCCGGCGCUCCUUACUUGGCGUUUUUUGGAUAGAUUAACGUAUGCCUUACAGCCUGUAAGGCAAAUGAAUCUUAAGAAAAUUUACCAAAAACCAAAACAUGUAUAUGAUAUUUGCGAAAAUUCUGUCCAAUAAAAUAACCGUACAAUUUCGAACAUGCAGUAAAGCCCCGCGACUAAGAACCUGGAUUUUUAAAACCUGUUUGGCUAAUAUUUGCCAGUUAAGCCCCCUCUAAAUAAGAAUAUGUUUAACCUAAAAUUUGAAACAGAUUCUUAUUAGUCGAGCUUGCUUCAGCAGAGCGGACUAUAAAAAUGCAGGCGUUUCUUUUUUCUUUUCUUCUUCUUUUUUUUGUGUGGGACCUAAAUUGUAGGCCAGGCGUUCCUUGCGGAGACCGUGGAAACUGGGCAUAAGAAUCGUGACGACUUUCAUUGUAUGAAAAUGAGUCUCGCGAUGAGCAUGCGGUUUACUUUCGGCGAUGACUGAAAUGACGCAUGUAAGUUUGGCAAUGAAGUAAUUUUUCCCGAAUCGAGGCCCUUGAUUUCCGUGUAAUUAUGCACGACAUGUACGAUUAUUAAAAAGUAGAUACCCCGAGUAGGAUGAGAAAAUAUUAUAGCGGAGAAAUCCUGUUUUGGGGUGUAUUGCAAGGCGUUACGUUUCUCAGAAUAACGUCACAUUUACUGCAACUCUACGGUUAAGUAGAUUCACUUUGUUGUAUGCAUUUAAUUGAUAGGUUUUCGCAGUUGUUAAGAUGUGAAGUCGUGUUGCACAUUAUAAAUAAUUGAGAUAUCAAGUGAUGUGAAGUAUAUAUGAAAUAAUUCAUUUCGAACUGCGGUUGUAGAUAUCAAGUAUUAGCUACUGGAAGCAACUUCAACUACCUGUCUAGGGGUUGUUGAUUUCCACUGUCGCGUAAUUUUUCACGUGCGUACGUGCCUAAAAUUUACGUUGGCAAAUAAAAUAGAGGCAAUCUUUGAAAGGUCGCACGUAAGCGUAAAGGUAGAACCUCGCUCAACUUCACUUUUUAUCUCCACACUUUAUAUCUUGCCUUUAUUUUAUUUACGUGAUUGAAAUUUACGUGCGAUUAAGGCGAGGAGCCGAAUACGCCUCAGUGGAAAUCCACCCUAAAGUUACGUACGUCACGGAUAUGUUUAUACGUCGUGUAGCUUUGUACUUGACUAUCAGGCACUCUACUUGCAGAAUUUCAUGUCCAUAGAAUAGAAAUUCCAUAUCGAGCUUUUCCGGAACGGGUCGACUCGGUCUACAAAUUCUAUCGCUUGAAAGUGUUAAUUGCUUUGGAACGAAUGAACACUACUGAGUGGUCGAAAAAAAUAAUAAUCGUAAUUAGCAAGACUGCAAUUGUCGGGUGUUGUAAACUUACAUUGUAUACAAAUGGUCUUGUGAUGAGCGUGCGGUUUGUUUUUGGUGAUGAUUGAAAUGACAGGCCAUGUAAAUCACUUUUUUUAUCUCUGGCAAUGAUGUAAUUUCUCUGGAAUCGAGGCCCUUGAAUUUUCGUGUAUUUAUACACGCGUAUAGGCUGCGACCGCAGACGAAUUUCCGGUCGUCGCUAACACGCGUACUAAAUCAAUUCAGAAACAAAUAAAAAGUAUCGAUGUCGAUAAAGUAGGCUGUAAAAAACCUUUAGCGAGUAAAUCCUGUUUCGUGUAGAAUUAAUCGCCUCCUCAUUUCUCGAUCUAAUCUCCAAGCAAGCGAGAUUGAAAAGCGCUGUUAGAGCGUUCUUGUUUUAAUCUGAUCAAGUUUACAUGAGAGGUGGGGUGACCCACCUCAUGCGACCUCACCUAUCUGGGGUCCCCGACCUCCAUAUAAACGAACCCUUAGAGUUAUUUUAGUAGUCGGUUGUCCUUAGGGAAGGCUAAUCGUUUUGAAAUAAUCAAAAUACAGAAAAAGUAUAGUCUGGGAUUACGAAAAAAAUUAUUGUCAGGAGUGGGAUUCGAACCCACGCCUCCAUUCGGAGACCAGAACGCCCGCCCCCAUUUCGUAAUGGGAAGGUUUUAUGACCUUGAGUCUGGCGCCUUAGACCGCUCGGCCAUCCUGACCCGUACGGUGUAGAAACGCUAUUUUUAUAAACACGGUGCUUAGGCACGUAAGCGUAAAAGUAGAACCUCGCUCAACUUUUAUCUCCACACUUUAUAUCUUGCCUUUAUUUUAUUUACGUGAUUAAAAUUUACGUGCGUUAACGUGAGGAGCCAAAUAGGCGUCAGUGGAAAUCCGCCCUAAUGUUACGUAUGUCACGGAUACAUUUAUACGUCGUGUAGCUUUGUACUUGACAAUCAGGCACUCUACGUGCAGAAUUUCAUGUCCAUAGAAUAGAAAUGCCAUAUCGAGCUUUUCCGGAACGGGUCGACUCGGUCUACAAAUUCUAUCGCUUGAAAGCGUUGAUUACUUUGGAACGAAUGAACACUACUGAGUGGUCGAAAAAAAUAAUAAUCGCAAUUAGCAAAACUGCGAUUGUCGGGUGUUGUAAACUUACAUUGUAUGCAAAUGGUCUUGUGAUGAGCGUGCGGUUUGUUUUUGGUGAUGAUUGAAAUGACAGGCCAUGUAACUCACUUUUUUUUAUCUCUGGCAAUGAUGUAAUUUCUCUGGAAUCGAGGCCCUUGAAUUUUCGUGUAUUUAUACACGCGUAUAGCCUGCGACCGCAGACGAAUUUCCGGUCGUCGCUAACACGCGUACUAAAUCAGUUCAGAAACAAAUAAAAAGUAUCGAUGUCUAUAAAGUAGGCUGUAAAAAACCUUUAGCGAGUAAAUCCUGUUUCGUGUAGAAUUAAUCGCCUCCUCAUUUCUCGAUCUUAUCUCCAAGCAAGCGAGAUUGAAAACCGCUGUUAGAGCGUUCUUGUUUUAAUCUGAUCAAGUUUACAUGAGAGGUGGGGUGACCCACCUCAUGCGACCUCACCUAUCUGGGGUCCCCGACCUCCAUAUAAACGAACCCUUAGAGUUAUUUUAGUAGUCGGUUGUCCUUAGGGAAGGCUAAUCGUUUUGAAAUUAUCAAAACACACAAAAAGUAUAGUCUAGGAUUACGAAAAAAAUUAUUGUUAGGAGUGGGAUUCGAACCCACGCCUCCAUUCGGAGACCAGAACGCCCGCCCCCAUUUCUUAAUGGGAAGGUUUUAUGACCUUGAGUCUGGCGCCUUAGACCGCUCGGCCAUCCUGACCCGUAUGGUGUAGAAGCGCUAUUUUUAUAAACACGGUGCUUAGGCACGUAAGCGUAAAAGUAGAACCUCGCUCAACUUUUAUCUCCACACUUUAUAUCUUGCCUUUAUUUUAUUUACGUGAUUGAAAUUUACGUGCGAUUAAGGCGAGGAGCCGAAUACGCCUCAGUGGAAAUCCACCCUAAUGUUACGUAUGUCACGGAUACGUUUAUACGUCGUGUAGCUUUGUACUUGACCAUCAGGCACUCUACUCGGAGAAUUUCAUGUCCAUAGAAUAGAAAUGCCAUAUCGAGCUUUUCCGGAACGGGUCGAUUCGGUCUACAAAUUCUAUCGCUUGAAAGCUUUGAUUACUUUGGACCGAAUGAACACUACUGAGUGGCUGAAAAAAAUAAUAAUCGCAAUUAGCAAAACUGCGAUUGUCGGGUGUUGUAAACUUACAUUGUAUGCAAAUGAUCUUGUGAUGAGCGUGCGGUUUGUUUUUGGUGAUGAUUGAAAUGACAGGCCAUGUAACUCACUUUUUUUUAUCUCUGGCAAUGAUGUAAUUUCUCUGGAAUCGAGGCCCUUGAAUUUUCGUGUAUUUAUACACGCGUAUAGCCUGCGACCGCAGACGAAUUUCCGGUCGUCGCUAACACGCGUACUAAAUCAAUUCAGAAACAAAUAAAAAGUAUCGAUGUCGAUAAAGUAGGCUGUAAAAAACCUUUAGCGAGUAAAUCCUGUUUCGUGUAGAAUUAAUCGCCUCCUCAUUUCUCGAUCUUAUCUCCAAGCAAGCGAGAUUGAAAACCGUUCUUAGAGCGUUCUUGUUUUAAUCUAAUCAAGUUUACAUGAGAGGUGGGGUGACCCACCUCAUGCGACCUCGCCUAUCUGGGGUCCCCGACCUCCAUAUAAACGAACCCUUAGAGUUAUUUUAGUAGUCGGUUGUCCUUAGGGAAGGCUAAUCGUUUUGAAAUUAUCAAAAUACACAAAAAGUAUAGUCUAGGAUUACGAAAAAAAUUAUUGUCAGGAGUGGGAUUCGAACCCACGCCUCCAUUCGGAGACCAGAACGCCCGCUCCCAUUUCGUAAUGGGAAGGUUUUAUGACCUUGAGUCUGGCGCCUUAGACCGCUCGGCCAUCCUGACCCGUAUGGUGUAGAAGUGCUAUUUUUAUAAACACGGCGCUUAGGCACGUAAGCGUAAAAGUAGAACCUCGCUCAACUUUUAUCUCCACACUUUAUAUCUUGCCUUUAUUUUAAUUACGUGAUUAAAAUUUACGUGCGUUAGCGUGAGGAGCCAAAUAGGCGUCAGCGGAAAUCCACCCUAAUGAUACGUAUGUCACGGAUACGUUUACAGCUAUUUCGAGAAAGGUUGUCGGAAGAAGUGCACGCGACAAUCCCGAAAGGUAUUGUGGGUGGUGUUGAGUUCACUGUUCUUCAAGAAAUUUGAAAGAAUGGUACGAGAGACCAUGGACAUAUGUUCGCGCCGCUAAAGGAAAGCAACAAUUAAAGGUAGGUUCGACUGCUACAGUGUCAGGAACAGUGUAUUGAUUAUAUCCCAUAUUACCUUUCGGGAUUGUCGCGUGCACAUUUUUUCCGACAAUCUUUCUCGAAAUAGCUGUAUACGUCGUGUAGCUUUGUACUUGACAAUCAGGCACUCUACGUGCAGAAUUUCAUGUCCAUAGAAUAGAAAUGCCAUAUCGAGCUUUUCCGGAACGGGUCGACUCGGUCUACAAAUUCUAUCGCUUGAAAGCGUUGAUUACUUUGGAACGAAUGAACACUACUGAGUGGUCGAAAAAAAUAAUAAUCGCAAUUAGCAAAACUGCGAUUGUCGGGUGUUGUAAACUUACAUUGUAUGCAAAUGGUCUUGUGAUGAGCGUGCGGUUUGUUUUUGGUGAUGAUUGAAAUGACAGGCCAUGUAAAUCACUUUUUUUUAUCUCUGGCAAUGAUGUAAUUUCUCUGGAAUCGAGGCCCUUGAAUUUUCGUGUAUUUAUACACGCGUAUAGGCUGCGACCGCAGACGAAUUUCCGGUCGUCGCUAACACGCGUACUAAAUCAAUUCAGAAACAAAUAAAAAGUAUCGAUGUCGAUAAAGUAGGCUGUAAAAAACCUUUAGCGAGUAAAUCCUGUUUCGUGUAGAAUUAAUCGCCUCCUCAUUUCUCGAUCUAAUCUCCAAGCAAGCGAGAUUGAAAAGCGCUGUUAGAGCGUUCUUGUUUUAAUCCGAUCAAGUUUACAUGAGAGGUGGGGUGACCCACCUCAUGCGACCUCACCUAUCUGGGGUCCCCGACCUCCAUAUAAACGAACCCUUAGAGUUAUUUUAGUAGUCGGUUGUGCUUAGGGAAGGCUAAUCGUUUUGAAAUAAUCAAAAUACAGAAAAAGUAUAGUCUAGGAUUACGAAAAAAAUUAUUGUCAGGAGUGGGAUUCGAACCCACGCCUCCAUUCGGAGACCAGAACGCCCGCCCCCAUUUCGUAAUGGGAAGGUUUUAUGACCUUGAGUCUGGCGCCUUAGACCGCUCGGCCAUCCUGACCCGUAUGGUGUAGAAGCGCUAUUUUUAUAAACACGGUGCUUAGGCACGUAAGCGUAAAAGUAGAACCUCGCUCAACUUUUAUCUCCACACUUUAUAUCUUGCCUUUAUUUUAUUUACGUGAUUAAAAUUUACGUGCGUUUACGUGAGGAGCCAAAUAGGCGUCAGUGGAAAUCCGCCCCAAUGUUACGUAUGUCACGGAUACGUUUACAGCUAUUUCGAGAAAGGUUGUCGGAAGAAGUGCACGCGACAAUCCCGAAAGGUAUUGUGGGUGGUGUUGAGUUCACUGUUCUUCAAGAAAUUUGAAAGAAUGGUACGAGAGACCAUGGACAUAUGUUCGCGCCGCUAAAGGAAAGCAACAAUUAAAGGUAGGUUCGACUGCUACAGUGUCAGGAACAGUGUAUUGAUUAUAUCCCAUAUUACCUUUCGGGAUUGUCGCGUGCACAUUUUUUCCGACAAUCUUUCUCGAAAUAGCUGUAUACGUCGUGUAGCUUUGUACUUGACAAUCAGGCACUCUACGUGCAGAAUUUCAUGUCCAUAGAAUAGAAAUGCCAUAUCGAGCUUUUCCGGAACGGGUCGACUCGGUCUACAAAUUCUAUCGCUUGAAAGCGUUGAUUACUUUGGAACGAAUGAACACUACUGAGUGGUCGAAAAAAAUAAUAAUCGCAAUUAGCAAAACUGCGAUUGUCGGGUGUUGUAAACUUACAUUGUAUGCAAAUGGUCUUGUGAUGAGCGUGCGGUUUGUUUUUGGUGAUGAUUGAAAUGACAGGCCAUGUAAAUCACUUUUUUUUAUCUCUGGCAAUGAUGUAAUUUCUCUGGAAUCGAGGCCCUUGAAUUUUCGUGUAUUUAUACACGCGUAUAGGCUGCGACCGCAGACGAAUUUCCGGUCGUCGCUAACACGCGUACUAAAUCAAUUCAGAAACAAAUAAAAAGUAUCGAUGUCGAUAAAGUAGGCUGUAAAAAACCUUUAGCGAGUAAAUCCUGUUUCGUGUAGAAUUAAUCGCCUCCUCAUUUCUCGAUCUAAUCUCCAAGCAAGCGAGAUUGAAAAGCGCUGUUAGAGCGUUCUUGUUUUAAUCCGAUCAAGUUUACAUGAGAGGUGGGGUGACCCACCUCAUGCGACCUCACCUAUCUGGGGUCCCCGACCUCCAUAUAAACGAACCCUUAGAGUUAUUUUAGUAGUCGGUUGUCCUUAGGGAAGGCUAAUCGUUUUGAAAUUAUCAAAACACACAAAAAGUAUAGUCUAGGAUUACGAAAAAAAUUAUUGUUAGGAGUGGGAUUCGAACCCACGCCUCCAUUCGGAGACCAGAACGCCCGCCCCCAUUUCUUAAUGGGAAGGUUUUAUGACCUUGAGUCUGGCGCCUUAGACCGCUCGGCCAUCCUGACCCGUAUGGUGUAGAAGCGCUAUUUUUAUAAACACGGCGCUUAGGCACGUAAGCGUAAAAGUAGAACCUCGCUCAACUUUUAUCUCCACACUUUAUAUCUUGCCUUUAUUUUAAUUACGUGAUUAAAAUUUACGUGCGUUAACGUGAGGGGCCAAAUAGGCGUCAGUGGAAAUCCACCCUAAUGUUACGUAUGUCACGGAUACGUUUACAGCUAUUUCGAGAAAGGUUGUCGGAAGAAGUGCACGCGACAAUCCCGAAAGGUAUUGUGGGUGGUGUUGAGUUCACUGUUCUUCAAGAAAUUUGAAAGAAUGGUACGAGAGACCAUGGACAUAUGUUCGCGCCGCUAAAGGAAAGCAACAAUUAAAGGUAGGUUCGACUGCUACAGUGUCAGGAACAGUGUAUUGAUUAUAUCCCAUAUUACCUUUCGGGAUUGUCGCGUGCACAUUUUUUCCGACAAUCUUUCUCGAAAUAGCUGUAUACGUCGUGUAGCUUUGUACUUGACCAUCAGGCACUCUACUUGGAGAAUUUCAUGUCCAUAGAAUAGAAAUGCCAUAUCGAGCUUUUCCGGAACGGGUCGACUCGGUCUACAAAUUCUAUCGCUUGAAAGCUUUGAUUACUUUGGAACGAAUGAACACUACUGAGUGGCUGAAAAAAAUAAUAAUCGCAAUUAGCAAAACUGCGAUUGUCGGGUGUUGUAAACUUACAUUGUAUGCAAAUGAUCUUGUGAUGAGCGUGCGGUUUGUUUUUGGUGAUGAUUGAAAUGACAGGCCAUGUAACUCACUUUUUUUUAUCUCUGGCAAUGAUGUAAUUUCUCUGGAAUCGAGGCCCUUGAAUUUUCGUGUAUUUAUACACGCGUAUAGCCUGCGACCGCAGACGAAUUUCCGGUCGUCGCUAACACGCGUACUAAAUCAGUUCAGAAACAAAUAAAAAGUAUCGAUGUCGAUAAAGUAGGCAGUAAAAAACCUUUAGCGAGUAAAUCCUGUUUCGUGUAGAAUUAAUCGCUUCCUCAUUUCUCGAUCUUAUCUCCAAGCAAGCGGGAUUGAAAACCGCUGUUAGAGCGUUCUUGUUUUAAUCUGAUCAAGUUUACAUGAGAGGUGGGGUGACCCACCUCAUGCGACCUCACCUAUCUGGGGUCCCCGACCUCCAUAUAAACGAACCCUUAGAGUUAUUUUAGUAGUCGGUUGUCCUUAGGGAAGGCUAAUCGUUUUGAAAUUAUCAAAACACACAAAAAGUAUAGUCUAGGAUUACGAAAAAAAUUAUUGUUAGGAGUGGGAUUCGAACCCACGCCUCCAUUCGGAGACCAGAACGCCCGCCCCCAUUUCGUAAUAGGAAGGUUUUAUGACCUUGAGUCUGGCGCCUUAGACCGCUCGGCCAUCCUGACCCGUAUGGUGUAGAAGCGCUAUUUUUAUAAACACAACACGGUGCUUAGGCACGUAAGCGUAAAAGUAGAACCUCGCUCAACUUUUAUCUCCACACUUUAUAUCUUGCCUUUAUUUUAUUUACGUGAUUAAAAUUUACGUGCGUUUACGUGAGGAGCCAAAUAGGCGUCAGUGGAAAUCCGCCCCAAUGUUACGUAUGUCACGGAUACGUUUACAGCUAUUUCGAGAAAGGUUGUCGGAAGAAGUGCACGCGACAAUCCCGAAAGGUAUUGUGGGUGGUGUUGAGUUCACUGUUCUUCAAGAAAUUUGAAAGAAUGGUACGAGAGACCAUGGACAUAUGUUCGCGCCGCUAAAGGAAAGCAACAAUUAAAGGUAGGUUCGACUGCUACAGUGUCAGGAACAGUGUAUUGAUUAUAUCCCAUAUUACCUUUCGGGAUUGUCGCGUGCACAUUUUUUCCGACAAUCUUUCUCGAAAUAGCUGUAUACGUCGUGUAGCUUUGUACUUGACUAUCAGGCACUCUACUUGCAGAAUUUCAUGUCCAUAGAAUAGAAAUGCCAUAUCGAGCUUUUCCGGAACGGGUCGACUCGGUCUACAAAUUCUAUCGCUUGAAAGCGUUGAUUACUUUGGAACGAAUGAACACUACUGAGUGGUCGAAAAAAAUAAUAAUCGUAAUUAGCAAAACUGCGAUUGUCGGGUGUUGUAAACUUACAUUGUAUGCAAAUGGUCUUGUGAUGAGCGUGCGGUUUGUUUUUGGUGAUGAUUGAAAUGACAGGCCAUGUAAAUCACUUUUUUUUAUCUCUGGCAAUGAUGUAAUUUCUCUGGAAUCGAGGCCCUUGAAUUUUCGUGUAUUUAUACACGCGUAUAGCCUGCGGCCGCAGACGUAUUUCCCGUCGUCGCUAACAAGCGUACUAAAUCAGUUCAGAAACAAAUAAAAAGUAUCGAUGUCUAUAAAGUAGGAAGUAAAAAACCUUUAGCGAGUAAAUCCUGUUUCGUGUAGAAUUAAUCGCUUCCUCAUUUCUCGAUCUAAUCUCCAAGCAAGCGGGAUUGAAAACCGCUGUUAGAGCGUUCUUGUUUUAAUCUGAUCAAGUUUACAUGAGAGGUGGGGUGACCCACCUCAUGCGACCUCACCUAUCUGGGGUCCCCGACCUCCAUAUAAACGAACCCUUAGAGUUAUUUUAGUAGUCGGUUGUCCUUAGGGAAGGCUAAUCGUUUUGAAAUAAUCAAAAUACAGAAAAAGUAUAGUCUGGGAUUACGAAAAAAAUUAUUGUCAGGAGUGGGAUUCGAACCCACGCCUCCAUUCGGAGACCAGAACGCCCGCCCCCAUUUCGUAAUAGGAAGGUUUUAUGACCUUGAGUCUGGCGCCUUAGACCGCUCGGCCAUCCUGACCCGUAUGGUGUAGAAGCGCUAUUUUUAUAAACACAACACGGUGCUUAGGCACGUAAGCGUAAAAGUAGAACCUCGCUCAACUUUUAUCUCCACACUUUAUAUCUUGCCUUUAUUUUAUUUACGUGAUUAAAAUUUACGUGCGUUUACGUGCGGAGCCAAAUAGGCGUUAGUGGAAAUCCACCCUAAUGUUACGUAUGUCACGGAUGUGUUUUUAUACGUUAGGUAGCUUUGUACUUGACUAUCAGGCACUCUAGUUGAAGCACUUCAUGUCCAUAUAAUAGAAAUCCCAUGCGGAGCUUUUCCGGAACGGGUCGACUCGGUCCAAAAAUUCUAUCGCUUGAAAGCGUUGAUUACUUUGGAACAAAUGAUUACUUCGUGGUCGAAAAAAAAGAAUAAGCUUGUGAGCAAAACUUCGAGGAUCGAGGAUCGGUUAAGAAUCGGAUCGUUGUGAUCGAUGUGGGCCGCAGACUGUAGAUAAAUUUCACAGAACAUAUUUCGCUGUACUGAACACUAAAUUUAAGUAAACUACUCCGAGUCUGACUGAGUCAGUGAUUGUUUUGACGAGAAAGUGAAAUUUUCCUGGAAAAUGAAACGCUUUAUCCCAGUGAUACUGUGAUAUGCUGCAUGCUGUGUGCUGCUCUAAACAUUGUACAUUGUACUCUGAGACUGUAGGGAGACAUUAAAAGCAGAUACUAAGCAGCUAUGGAAAAUGUAAUUACUUUCACGCGAGUUUGAUAUCUUAUAAAAGGGACAACAAAUUCAGCAGGAAUACGCGUGAACUGAAUUAACAGUCUGUUGUAUUAUAAGGUUCUGCUAAACUUACACAUUUUUCCUGUGCUGAACAUAUACUGUACCGAGCCGUAUCUUGGUCCGCCACAUAGAAGCUACAAAUAUUUAUACUGAUAAAAAUCAUCGUUCAAUUUUUGGAGUGUAAUAUGCCUGAAAGAGAGAAGCUAAGAUGUGCGGCCUGUCUCGCCUUGCAAUUUUUACGUUUUGAGUAUUUACAUUAUGACAUAUAACACUCGUUUUGUAUUCCAAACGAAAAAAUAGUAUAACAGCACCGGCGCCUUUGACAACAAAACUUAUCUCCAAGCAAGCGAGAUUUAAUGCUACUAAGAGCGUUCUUGUUUUUCUAAAAUCUAUGAAAAAAUUCUGUACACUUUGGCAAAUAAGAUAAGUCAACAUUCAGAAUCCUCUUUGGAGGCAUAGGUGCCUUACAACUCCAACUGCAAUGUGAAUGUCAAUGUUUAAAAUCAAAUAAAAUAGUUAUUGAUGCAAUUUCAAGUGAAAUAACCCAUAUAAAUUAUAUGAGCAAAAAUUAUUAGUAUUGACUGUUGUAUCUCCUACACAUCAGCAUAUAGAAGAGUCUGUAGAAUGAUGAACUUUUGAACCAAAACCAUAUAGUAUGAAAAGUGCAUUUGAGACAGGUCCUCUGACAUUAAAUCCUCCCAUGGUUGAUAUACCGCAGGAUUUAUUUAUGUACCGUAUUUAUGGCUAUAAACUCUCUAAUUUAUCACAGAUUUUCAGAGAAGUAGAGGUGAACAUAAAUUACACAUGUCUUCUAGAAAUUUCCAAAUUUCAGUCUAUACAUGAUGAUGAGUUAAAUGCUAAGAUUACAAGGUGGAAUUAUUAUUGUUUAAGGGUUAAAUCAACUGUUAGUCAGAGCUGAUCGUAAUAGGAGACGAAAUUACAAUAAAUUUAUGUGAUGUUCUUAGGUACGACUUCAAAAUUCUGUAGAUCAGUACUUUAGUUCUUCUUUUUAUGGUCAUUUUUACAUAACUUCUAAAAUGGUAUGUACAUUUUAUAUGAGGAAACUCAGGAAUAAGCUUAACCACUAAAUACUAUUAGCUGUGUUGUGUGUUGUUUUCUUCAGAUAAUAAAAACCUAUUUAAGAACCUAAAUAGCCUAAACUUGCGCUAACUACCAUUUAUGUAAGAACCUGUUUAGGCCGACUUGGAAAAGUCCAGGUUCUUAAUCGCGGGGUUUUACUGUAAUCCCUUAACUUAUUUUCGAAGUGGGCUUACACACAAAGGUGCUGAUUCUGGAAGGAAAAUUUACUUUUUUAACUCUCACAGAAUUAUAAUCAGAGGAAGUACGUUUUCAAGGUACAAUUGAUAGUAUUGGCUUAUUCAUACCCGAUAACUGAACUUGAAAUUGGUCUGAAUGGGCGAAGGGCUACGUCUGACCAUGAACCAUGGUGGAGAAGGCCUUUUGGUCGAGACUUCGUGAAGAAUAAGCUUUAUGCAUGGAAAGUGGUGUACUUUGUAUUGUAGUUCAUACCGUAGCUCGCGAUCGGUGUCUAUUGAAAACCGUUCGUAUCCUUUUGAUGCGGUACAUUGUAUAUUUAAUUUUUUAAUCAAUUGAGGACGGUUGUCGAGCUUAAGCCUCUAGUUCGCCGGGGGGGGGGGGAGGCAGGUGCCGGUGAGGCUUAUAUUAUACAUUUUUCGCUGUUAAUGCAGCGUCAGUUGUAUUAUUUAACUGUGGCAGCAUUGAGUGAAGUUUAUGGUUCCAAUCACUGACCAUUUUGUCAAACAAAUCAGCUCCCUUCACUUUUGUAACUUCUCUUGGUUGUCUGAGAGUUAGGGCAUCAUGGAGGCGUACCUGACGUACAUGCUCGUGUACUCAAUAACUGAGCCAAUUAAAGUGAGGCACGUGGAACUCUAACUGCCUGAUUAAGUGAAUGCUUUAGUAUCCGAUUCUUAAGCAUUCAUAAUGUGUGUGUACGAAGCAUUUAGCAGUUAGCAGUAUCUUUUUUAAUUUUAGUCUUCCAUGUCUUUGAGAAUACAAAAGUGGUUGUUGGCGAACUGAAAUUUGUCUUUUAUUGUGAUAUGUUUUUAGAACCUGACAGACAUUACCCAUGAGAAGCUAGAGAACUAUUUCCUGAUUCUGAGUACGAUCGAAAAAAACCUUGUGGAGGCCAAAACCAUCCAAGCAGAGAUAGUGAAGGUAAGACGGCAGCGAAAACGUCACUUAAAAAGCGAAUUCACGCUGUAUCAAACGUUAUCACUUUUUUCCACCUCGAUCAAUUAGUCAGACGUUGGAGAUGAUUUUCUGGCGUCGCAUUUUAGAUGUCUUUAUUUAGGUUCAGGGAAGGAAAAAGAAAAUCGUUGUCUUGUGCUGACGUUUUUGUUUCGAUUUCCACGCAACGCGAAGACAAAAAAAGAGCUGCGUAGGAGACUACUUCUUCCCUACCACUCCUCCUUUUCCCUUCAAAAUUAAUGUGGUUACGCCUUCACGAGACUAAAACGAACCCAUUACAAUGGUAAAAACUGACCACUACUUAAGGUUCCUCAAAUUUGUUUAAGCCCUCUGGAAAAAAAUCAUCUUCAAAAAUUAGGGGUGUUCCACAGCGGUAGUCCGUGGACCGGGUCCACGAAGGGGUCCAUGGACCUGGUCCACAUGCAGGGGUGGUCCAUGUUUUGCAUACGUCCUUACCCCAUUGCGCCACCGCGACCUAAUGUUGCCGUUUGUCAUGUGAAAAUUAGCUAUAAUAUCGCGCACUGUUGACUUUCGUGCGGGAAAUGAAAGAAAAGGGACAAAAAUAAUCGCUUGGUUCAAUUGAAAAUGAUUGAUAAAAUGGUUUAAAAGGAGCAAGUACUUGGUUGCCGCUAUGUUGACCUCUGGUUUGGCACAACGGCUACAAGCGUUGGUUAGCUUGCUUCGCAGCAAAAAAGUCAAAGAUCGAUCAUUUGUGGUCUUCUGAAAGUACCAAGGAAAGGUUUUGAAGUUUUUGUCGUUAUUGUUGUUUACAUCGUGUGCAUGCAACGUAGUACGAAUUUACCGUCGCGUCGUUCCGAAGGCCAAAAAGAAGUGGGCAACCGCAACUUUUCAACAGGGAUAGAACUCGGUGAAGAAAUGUGAAGAUGAAAUAAUCAGCAUGUCUAGAGCGUGGGACAAAGAAAAAAUCUGAGUCCCCGACAGGAUUCGAACCUAUGACAUCCCAAACACAGGGCGGGCUGAUCGUAGCAGUAUGCAGGACGAGUGUCAAAUAUGAACCUGGUAUAUGGCCUCGCUUUCCGUGAGUUCUCCGUAGCUUAGGUUCGAAUCCUGUCGGGGACUCAGAUUUUUCUUUGUUCCACGCUCGUGACAUGCUGAUUAUUUAAUCUUCACAACACAGGGAUACUUUUUAGUUUGGGAGAGGGUUGUUUUUUACGUAGAGACGGAGCGAUUUCUUCCAAUAAUUGGAGAUAAAUCUCGUUAAGGUGAUUGGAGUUGACGGGUUUGGUUACCGACGAGAGUUUGAUCAAUUUUAUCCGUUCUUCCUUAGAUGUGGAAGGCCAAAUGGAUGUGAGCACCUGACAAAUGCUUUUGGGGCAUGGGUACACUUGGAAUCGACUCAGCCAUCAUAAUGGCGAUGCAAUGCAAUCGUCUCUCACAACAAUGAAAAGUGUAACAGCCUGCGAACAGGCUCUCCUUUUAAGGGAUAUCGAGAGAUGUAAGGCGAAAGGAGACGCUGGAGCAUAGCCUGUGUACAGCCGCCCCCUCCCCUCAGAAAAGAUCGUAGAAGGGGCUGGGGGAAGGGGGCGGCUGUACUCAGGCUAUGGGAAGCAAGGUGCGGGGAAGGAAAGUGAAAGCUCACUCGCGCGUUUUCUUGCCACUCGAACUGAAGAGGUUGCUACCAAUCCAUAACAUUUCUUGGUGGUCGUGCGCGUUCGCUAUUCGGUGAGCCAGUUUACGCUAGCAACGUCCUCUAUCUAAUGGCUCCACGUCUCGUUUUUCACCCAUUUCAACCAACCCUUGGCAAUAUAACAACAUUGCGGUAGUCACACCUGCCCGACACAAAAAAUGCUCACAAACGCGUCAUGCAACGACGCCCAAGUGUACGCUCCGAUUGCGUCUUGUUGAAACUUUGAUCUUGUAUGCAAACACAACAAACACAAAACAGCUUUCCUUGCCCGAAAAGUUACCGGGACUUUCGAGAAACAGGCCCAUGGCUCGAUUUGAUUUUCAUGUACAGUGUAAUCACUUACUGGCCAGGAUCUCGGCUUUUUUGACGUCCUCGUUGACGUCGCUGUCGCCGUCGUCGUUGCCUUUAAAGCCCCCUGCUAUCUUAGGUUCUAUAGCAUCGGCAGGUUUUGUGGAGACAUCACAGCAGCUUACGCUAAAAAAACAGAUUCGCUUUUCUGUUAACUUUCCAUUAUAAAUUCUUAUAUGGUGUUCGGUAGGCUUAUCAUGUUUUUUGGAUGAGGUUUUUGUGAUAUCCGGAAUAAUCAAGGUCGAGGUAAGUGUUAUCAGCCGAAGUCGAAGGCUGAGGCUGAUAACACUAACAUUACACACUGUAAAGUUCGACUUCAGUUGUUCUUCAUGUAAUUUUACUGACAGAAACAAUCUUGCUUCAGAUGAUGUUACCUAAUGCUAACCGUGGGUCACACCUCCCUAGAGUACCUAGCCUAGCUCACAUGAUCUUAUUCUCAAAGGGGUAACAAAACAUAUUAUUAUUCAUUCAAAAUAUUUCCCCGAUUCUGAUUAACUAAAAGCACACGCAUAAUUCACCAUAACCAGUUACUUAAGACUAAAUUUGGAAGAAUUUUGGGUUUAACGAGGAAAUGACGUCAAAAAUGCAGCGUUCUUGCAGGUAAAUGCACCGUUAACCGAGAAGACCUGGGAACGGUUGAAUUCUUUUGGUUGUGAAAACAAAAAAUGGCGGACAUUUUACUCGUUUCAAGAGUAAGAACUAGGCGAAAUUAUUGCUAAAAAUAUGGCAAGAACAGCAAGAACACAACUCGAAGGGCGACAUCUGCUAUUUGGAGAAUAUUUGCGGCGCUGAACAUUCCUAAACGUGCACUAUUGAAGGUAACUUAACAUCGAUGCAGGUAAGCAUGUGUUAACUUUGUUCUUAAACUAGGAAUUAUUUUGAAUGAAUAACAAAACAAUUAUUGAAUUCGGCUUUUGUAUCAUAUGGAGGUCUCGGGGGGUGUUAUCCUAUAACACCCUCCUCAAUCUCCAUGACUCUUCGUAAGAUACUGAGCCUCAUUCCAUAAUUGUUAAUUAUUGUGCCGGGCUUGUAACAGUUCCGUCCCGAACUGGCUGCUCGUCAGGACGCGAGUAAUUUCUUGUUGCAGUGAGAAAAAAAUUAUUUCCUCUCCUUUUUAAAUUCAUUUUUUUUACAUUGCCCAUGCCAUUUUUUACAGGUAACUCUGGUUAAAAGUUAUUUUUUAAGAAUUUUUUUACAUAUGCAUGAUAAUUGAGCUGAUUUAAAAACCUAGUAUAUAGUUAGACGUUAGGGUGCGUGCAAACGGACCCAACAACUCCCAACAUUGUUGCGCCAACAAUGUUGGGAGUUGUUGCGUGCGUGUUGGCAGUGGUCUGCAAACGGAUGCAACAACUCCCAACAAUGUUGAGACCUGCAGUGCAUCGUGGGAAGGAUACAACCCUUAAGUCUUUGUAAACCAUGCGUAAUGAGCGUGCGUGGCUCCAACAAUGUUGGAAGAGCUGUGCAAACGGAUCCAACAUUGUUGCGCUACACUUCGGCGAUCACGGAACAAAAGAAAUGUUGAAAGUUGUUGGCUGAAAAGUUUGAUCGAUUUCAAACUUUGCGCAACAACACGCAACAACAUCCAACAACAUGUAACAGGGUGUGCAAACGGACGCAACAUGUAACAUCCAACAAAGUUGGGAGUUGUUGGCCAACAAUGUUGCGUCCGUCUGCAAGGGGCUAUACUCAUAAAGUCUAUGUAAAUGUGAAUGCAGAUUCUGCAAUAGUGGUCUGCUUCUAUUAAGAAACAAAUACAUAAAUAAAUUGUCCAAAGGAAAAUGGGUCAUUACUAAACUAACUUUAAUGAAAAGUGACAUAUUCAAUACUAAAACAAAACAUUUUAAACAUUUUCCUUUGUGCUAUCAUCAGUGGUGUUUAGCGUGUUACUGACUACUGCUGUUAUUUAUUUUGCCAGAUCUUUAGUGAAGUGACGGACUUGCAAGAAAAGGCCAGGAAGGAAGGCAUUCUAAAAAAUGAUUCGGAUGAGGUUAAACGGAUGAGUGAGGACAACAACUUCUUGGUAAGGAACUUUUCUUUCUUUUCCUUUGGUACAGUGUUGAAAAAGUGAUUUGCUGACAUCAGUGUUUCGAGGCCGGAUCCCUUUUUUCUCGAGCUGACCCUUGAGAUGACGAAAUCGGCCAGGUAUAUCCUGAAUAAUGCACCAUCCUUAUGAUAAUAACUCAAAUGUGAAUAAAAGUUUACCAAAAUAAGAUAGUUAUGUCAAAUACGAAAAAAGCAGGGAAGAUCUUUUGAACGCGAUGCCAGGCCGGGAUGCGUGGAAUAAGAUUAUUGUUCAGAGUAUCCCGACCGAAUGUUGAUGAUGACGAAAAAGCGUUCUCGGCUUUCUCACUGCUUCUCUCCACAGAGAAAGCGUUUAUGUUCUAAAUUAGGAAAAAAACAACAGACAAUAUAGGACGAACACGACUAGUUGUAUCGAAAAAUACUGAAAUAACAAAAAAAGGCUAGUGAUUAGGGCUACAAGUGGCAAGGGUUUAAAUAGUUGUAGAAUAUGCGUCGCAAAGGUCCCUCGGGAACCAAGGUUUGAUAUGUAUAAUAGCCAAAUGCCGAAUGUAAACAUAUAAAUUACACAACGUUUUGAUAACUAAACUUCCCCACAAAUGUUUGACCAAGGGAAAAAAAACAACAACAAUAUCGGUAUGGCUUGUAAAAGGUGUCUUUUUCGGAGGUACACUGGCGAGAAAUAAUCGGCUGUCACAUUAAAUUAACUGAACACCUUGUUUUAGGGUAAAUCUCAAUAAAACGUUUAGUGGUUUUCUCAUUGGUUACUCUUUUUUUAGUACUUAUCUUUCUUACAAAUACUGAACUGACUGCACGAAAAUCAAACGGAUAGGGCUUCUGUUCACACAUAAGAACGGUGAUUUCGGCGCGAUUUCUGUAACAGAGCGGAGCUGCGCCUCGCCGAUCCGAUCGAUUUGGUUUAGUGUGAACGUGAGGUGUUCGGACCUUAGCGGAAGUGACUAAGAAGGUGGGAAAGAAGUCUGGAACCUACUGACACGGAGGUAAAUAUUUUAGGAGUGAAGAUUGGAAUUUAGGGACCAAACUCUCUCGGACAACCUCUCCGGCGGGACGAUGUUCGGUGUCAACAUACCAUUGAUGCAUUGAUUCUCUGUAACACUGAAUACAGAUCAGUGAACAUGCUUUUAAAAAAACGUACCGCAGCACGUUUUUAACUAUUUAAAUAACUUACUCCUUGAACAAGCCUGACAAGAGGAGGAAACGGUUGGUGUAAAAUAGGCACUUUCAACAGUUUUCUAACGUUUCCCAAACUAAAGGGAAAGUGUGCUAUUUCCAUUUUCGAGCGUUUCCCAUCCCCAGUGACCUAUAUACCAAUCACAGAUGACAAUAUUGAGAAAUCAUUUUUGAAAGGUAGUUUUAUUCCCUGGAUUCUUUAAAAUAGUUUAUUUUACUGACACAUGCCAAGCCCUAUGAAGUAGACGUUACAAUGUAAAACCACAAAUUAAGGUGUAAACGACAACUAGACUUUAUUCUAGAUACUUUUCCUUUUUUCCUUACCACAUAAGAAGUAGUAAUUCCAGAAAGUUGAAAAAAGAACUUGGAUACUGUGAAUCUAUAAUGUAUAUUAUAACAUAGCUAGAAAAUCCGCCUAAUCAAAUUCAAUAGCGCGAGCGUGCUUCAUAUUCCUAUUGAGCACGCUGAUGACGUCAAUAAACUAUUCGUAAUUCCUCGAGUUGUUGUGAGCUUAGCAAUCCUGAGUCUCAUGAGUGCAUCCAUAACUCGGCAGUACACGAUAAAAAGUUUACCAUGUGUUUUAUAAGGAAAUUUAAGAGGAAACGUUUGAAUUUGUUAACCGAUAGUAAGGAAAAGAGGUGAGUGCUGUUGUUGUUGUUGUUGUCAUCUCCGCGAGCUGUGCAGACUAUGGCGUGAGAUCAUUCUUUGCAAAGUUGUUUUCUCUCAAUAACAAUUUUUCGGUGAAUUAAUAGUCUUCCGGCACCUAAAUAUAGAUUUUACAAUCAUUUUAGAGUUCACUUUCUCUCAGUUUCAGGAUAAAAACAUAAGCUUAACUGUGAGGAAAAAAAUAUACUCACGUAAACAUUGACGCGUACUGCUUUGAGCGCGCCCUACAAUAAUAAAAUUUUAAGUUAACUGGUGCAUUGAUCGCUUUGAUAAUGUUAUAAAACAAUUAGUUCAUGCUGCAGCUGUGCGUAUGUCGAGAUAUUGAGCACUUGGGAAGUUUGGAGAGCACUCAAGAGGCUAGAGUUGCACUCGGCUGCGCCUCGUGCAACUCUUACGCCUCUUUCGUGCUCUCCAAACUUCCCGCGUGCUCAAUAUCUCGACAUACGCACGCUGACGCAUGAACUAAUUGUUAAAUAGCUAAAGCGAUCAACAAGCCACAGGCAAACCUUAUAAUUGUUAUUACCUAGCCUAUUUACAUAAUGUAUACUUUCUAGUAAGCGUGAAUGUUAUAUAAAUUGACCAAAACCGUAGAAAUUUAUAUAAAAAAAAACUUAUUAUAUGAAACUAUAACUUUACAAAUCAUAGGUUAACAUGAAUAAAUGCAAAGUGACUUUUAAACCAAGAAUAUUUGAAAUCUAACCUCUUGUUUCAAAUAAAACAGGCUUCCUUUAGAAAAGACAAGUUGCUGAAAAUAGACAUAUGUAUUCUUUGUUUUAGUUUUCUCUUACGACGGAGCCUGUUUUAAGAAAAGGGAAGACCAUUCCAAGCCUAUAUAUCUCAGGGGAUUUCUCUCUAUGUCUUGGUUAAAGCAAGGUAGUGCAAAGGCAAGGUAGACCUCAUGUAAUGGAGGUUAUACUUAGAGUUGCUGUUGUUUAUUCCAUACAUUGGUUUCAGCAGUUUAUUUUCUAGCAGCGUUAAAGAGGCUGAAGAGGCUCUUAACUGUUUCUUGAUCUAAAGUGUCUCUGGACAGCAGCCUAAGCCGCGGAAUGGUUCAGUAUAGCCGGCAGCCCCCUUAAAUAGAUCUCUAAUAUUAAGGAAGGCUAGCAGGUGUCCCAGACUAGAAUGGAAAAGAUGACUGUGGGAAGUAUACUUGUAAAAUAAUUUUUCUAGAGCGUUCUUAUGUAAGUAUCUGAGUCGUGUACUACAUGACAGUCAUGUGUAACACCUCUACUUUAUUUAUUUACAGUCUUUUUAUCGAACAAACGUUAGUAAUGGAGAGGAGAAGUGUGACGUCACGUUACCAUGGUAGCAAAAUAUUUGGAUCACAAGAAAAGCGAGCUUAGGCAACAACGACGGCGACAGCAACGAGAACGGCAAAAAAGUAAUAAGUUUAGUAUAGGUAAUCACAUGAUUUCGAGUGCAAUUUGGAAUAAAUAAGCACGAGUAAAUUUUUCAAAGAGCAACAAAAGUGCACGAGCCCGUAGGGCGCGCGUUUUUAGUUCAUUCAACUGACUGGCUGAAACAGACUGCUACCUUUGUCAAAUUCAAACUUUUUUAAGACCAACGCUUUCAAAAUCAUUCACUAAGAACUUGGAAAUGUGUAAGGAUUGAUUUUAUAUGGUCACCAGCCUGUUACACACAACUCGAUUUAAAAUAAUCAGUAAAAGUAAGUGUUUUUAAAUUCAUCCUCGAUUAUGAGAGCUCGGCGUUUACAAGAAGUAUACUGCCGUUUUGAAAUCAGGAGAACGCUUCGAGCAGCCAAAGAUAAGAGUUGUUUAACGACUGUUCGUCAUUGUCUGUUCCUGAGACCCCAUCACAGCUGGAUUCAUGGAGAAAUUUUUGAGAUUUACAACCCAAAAAUGUAGGAGGCAAUUUGUUUUCUUUCGUCGCUGCCAUCGAUGGGUGAGUGGAGACACAGUUGUGAUGUUGGAAACUGCCAGUAUUAAUUAAAUAUAAUGUUUGCAUUUUCUCAGCGCUGAGGUUUUCAUUAUUUCAUUUGGCCUUGGCCUAUUGCAGGAGAGAGUCGUCGUCGCUCUUCUUCGUCGGCUUCAUCGUAGUCGUUCUGUGGCCUGUGACUUUAGCGAUAUAUUCUGAACUUACAAUCUUUGAUUUCUUCAGCUUGCUGACUGUUGUUUUUCUUGCACUAUGAUUCCCAAACUUUUUUCUCACUUUCUUUAAGGCUAGUACCAGCUACGGAUACUUUCAUUGUGUUAGUUAUGGUAUUUUCGCCCAUUGGUUUAGUUUGAAUCAGAUGUGUAGAUUUUCGGUUUCGUUUGCUACUGAGGUAGAAAAAAACAGACCAUCGCAUGGCCAGUGUUUUAAUAGAGGUCUUCGCGUGACAAAAGACUUAAAUAGAGCAACCGGACGCCUUUCUCCUCCAACAAAAAACGUACGUGACUUGAAAUCCCUGUUGUUAUCAUGGAAAACUUGUAUCCUUGUUCACUUAAAUGCCUGAAAAGUGUAGCUGUCAUGGCUUGCGUGUGGUUGCCACCGCUUUUGCUCUUUAUUUUUUACCUUUUAAUGGCGUAGUCUGUUAUAAGCAACUUGUUUAGUUUCUUUGGCGCAUUUUCCUCGCUUUUUUUAACAGUAUUUUUCUCUUAGCACCGCAUUUUCAAUACAUUUAGCCGCAAAGACGUACUUUUUACCGUGUUCGGGUUUUUGGAAUGUUUUCUAUUGUCGUUUUGCGUACAAAAUCAAAUCGUUGUUUGCAGAAAACCAUGUUCAUUUUCUUAAGUUUUGUUAAAACAGCUAAAAUCUGAUUGGUUCUUGAUUGUUUCUUUUGUGUUUUCAGCCAGUCAGAAACCAUUUGUAAUUUGCACUUGUGUUACAAGUUUUGCACUCGCGUUACAAGUUUGCACUCCUUUCUCAGCCAAUCAGAAUUGAGUAAUUUUUUCGUGUACAUUAUUACAUUAGUAAAACAACAACUUUGCACGUGCAUCACGCUUUUUUGCACAUUUUUUUGCCAUCGUUGCACUACUGCGACAUGAAACUUCCUAAUUUCACGCACCCGCUUUACGGAGUAGGUGAACACAACACAAGAAGUUUCUUUUCCUUUUCUAAGCUCAGGUACGGUCCCUUCGGAUUAAACACCAGAAAAUUUCGCUGACAUUUGACAAAGUAAAUGAAAUUGAAUAAGAUCGAUGAAGUUUGAAACAGUGCUAAUUUACUUUUAAGUGAAUUUUCGGUUUGUUGUCAUCCAAAAAUUUUGCUAGCAUGGCAACGUGACGCAACGACUUCUCCUCUCUAUAGAAGUAAGCAUUGAACCACUAUUUUUCCGAAAAAAAACGAAAUCAAUGUAUACUUCUUAGCGGACUUCAUAUCAUGGUGAACGUACAAUAGAAAUAUUACAUAAGGUACAUUAACGGGCCUGCAGAGGAAUAACAGCAGCAUUUUGUCUUUGCCGACAUUUGAAUAAUUCCAGGAUAGCUUUUUUAAACUCUGGCAUUCUGAUUGUGUAAACGAUGACAUUGACAAACGAGUUUGCACAGAAUAGAGCCCCUAAAGAAUUUCGCAAACGCAUAGAUUUUAAGUGGGAUAAAGCAGCUAUAACGUAUGGUAGCCACAUCAGUAAGGAUACAACAGUCAUGAUGAAUAAAGUUAUAGUAAGUUUUCUUUGUCUAUUGGUUGCUGCACCGUGUUGCUGAGGCUUCGCCCCACGAAGAAAUUGAACAACAAUGGAGGAGUAAGAAACACAGAUAACAAAUAGACACAAACAGCUGUAUGACUCCCACAGGGGAAAAUAAUACCUCUGCAAUUCAUUCCAAAAUGCUAAAAAUAACGAAAGUGUAACUGAUACCAUGGCAGGUAAAACCCAGGUUACGGAAAUUGUUACCCAGUAGACAUUUUCUGUUAUGAAACGAUGCCUGAAUGGACGGAAAGUCGCAUGCAACCGAUCUAAAGAAAUUACUGCAAUGCUUGUUAGAGAGGUGAGAGGAAACCAAUCGAAGAGAGAGGUUAUUAUCAGUCUCUUUUUCAGGGUUACGAAUAUACUCACAAUGUCACAUUUAAGGCGUUCAUGUAGCUCAAUUAAUACAAAGAAAAAUGAUAUUACUCCAACGAACAUGUCAGCAACGGUCAAGUUUAUACCCAAAUACAUGGCACGAGUGCGAAGAUUACUGUUCUUCAUAAAAAGAAUGAUUGAUAGGAAGUUCACUAUUACUAUAGCAACAGACGCGGUAAGGAAUACAGCAAACCAGAUGAUGCACUCUGAUGAAGAAGACAUUUUGGAUUUUUUUUCUUUUCGUUGCAAACUUUAAGAGGUCCCCAAUUUCUCUCUGUUGCUCGACGUAUUCCUUUGGAAUAAAUUUGAACAAAGUUAAGUUAGUUCGAGAAGGGUAACAAAUAAGAGUGAGAUCAAUUCCUUAAAGAUCGAGAAUGGAAAAAAACAUUUACAGAAAUUCCUCGAAAGAACGCUCACCUCAACUUUAAUUCCUUGAAAUGCCGUCACAAAAGCUGAAUUGACAAAACUGUUUUCACCUAUGGAAGACAUUAAAAGUAGCGCUUGAGGGGAGAGUAGUCAAAAGGAUGAAUUGGCUAGCUAAGAGAUAAGACAAAGAGUCUUUGAAUUUAACCUGAAAAUUUAAGUAUUUAACGUCGGCGCUCGUUUACUUAGUAACUAAUAACUGAUCAGCUAGUCGAAAGAUGAGUGUCACCGGAUGCUGUAGUUUCACGAAAAUGACCACCAUUAAGCUCUUCUAAGACCAGCAAAUGUUCAGAGUCAUUCCGUAAUUUUAAUUUUUGGAGGCAAUUUUAAUAAAACUAGUUGUUGUACUUAAUUCAAAGUUUCCCUACUUCUAGUCAUUCAUAGCUCGAAAUUAUAUGUUAUAGGACGCAAGUUUGCAGUGAUCCGGAAGGGAAACAAUUUGUUAUCUGCAAUGGACAAUGAAAGCGGAAGUAAAUGGAACUUGCACUAUCACGUCAUGGCUCAGUGAUUUUAAGAGGGUUCGUGCAGAGCCUCUAAUUUUUUGAAAAAUCUUGAAUUUUGCAAAGCAAUUUUCCAGACCUUGAAAAAGUCUGGAAUGUUUUUUCAAAGCUACAACAAUUGCUUAAUAAGUGAAUUUUUUUUCACGUUGUCAAAAUCGCCUAUUUGGUAACCUUGAGUCUGGAAAUAUAAAUUAUUGUUUUGGAAAAAGGGUGGAAAAAGUCUUUAAUUUUGGAUUCAAAAAUCUUUACGAGCCCUGUUUUAAGUCCCAAGCGGGUUAACGCUUAUUCUUUUGACAACAUGAUUAGCUGGUCUACAUCGCGCAAAAUUAGGCGUUUAUCAGUUUCAAAGUUUUUUGUCUAUUGUUGUCAUAGUAACAUCGAUUUUACUAAAACCUCUAUUUUGAUAAAUUUCAAUCUAUAGUCAAUCAUUGGUGAUAAUUUUAUAGCGAUUAAACAAGGAUAAAAUCACUUUUCAAGCGAUUGAAAAAUAUCAGUAUGUCCUCUGAAAAACUAUAUCAAAACACCUUAAGUCGAUGAAGUAACUAGAACAACUAAAUUUGAAGUUGAUUAGUCGAAUAUUGAGCUCAUCUCAUUUUUUGUUUCAACAUCGCACUCUUCAAUUGAAGAAUUAAAACAGGCAGCUAUUUGGCUAUUUUACCUUCAAACAAACUCUUUGAUUUUCUUGGGUUCUGCACUCUCGCACUCUCGCCAAAACAGCUAACCUGACGCGCCGUGCGUUGUCUUAGAAUAAUUUGCAAUAUACGAAUGACUAAUGUCAAUAAUGCUAUAAUCUAAGCAUCUUCAAAAUGUGGUAAGCGCGAGCUGGUUAUGACAAACUAUCCGGGGGAUUAAAGCCAUUCAGAAACGGAGAGAGAAUAAUAAUGUUGGAUAAUCCCCGAGAGUUCAGCUCAUCUUCGUCUUUGCCUUAGGUCAAUAAUUUUUCUUUAGUUUAAUUCGUGAGGUAAGUAUGGGAGGAAAAAAAAGAAAUCUUUAGUUCAACAUUUUUAUGAUGUGAGAUAAAUGACAUGAACUUGAAGAGGAAUGUAUAUAAUUUCGUUUUUUCCAGGCUAUUGUUGAACUUUAUUUAAACCGUUCUCAUAAAAGCAUAAGCUUUAUGUUUUGCUAAUCAUAUUUCUUGCUUUGAUCGUUCUCGUAGACUGAGCGGUGGCAUUUUCAUUCGUGUCGACGAUCAGCGACGGGGGACUUCGCGAUCGAAAGAUUUAUAGUGUUCUUUACUGCAGUGCUUACAACGUUCCUGUGAAUUGGUUCUUUCUAACCAAAAAUGAGAAAAGUAAAAUUGCAUUUUGUUCGCCCACGAAGCACUUAGGAGUUCCUAUGAACUCGCUUCAACGUGUCCGUGCGUUCCAGAUCGAAUUGGAAUUUGGAAGUGUUGGUUUAUGAGGAGAGGGGAAACCGGAGAAAAACCUCUCGGAGUAAAGGAGAGAACCAACAACAAACUCAACCCCUGAUAUGGAACCCGGUCCACUGUGGUGGGAGAGGCGCCACCCUUGCUCUCCCAAAUCAGUCUGUUAAACAUGUUGAAAGAUGAUAAUUCUUUACGUUUAUUUUAUUUUAAGUUGUUUUGCUCACUACCUUACUUGUUUCAGCAGUACCAUUCAGUUGAAAUAAUAAGUUUAAAAAGGGGAGUUAAAUAGCUCUUUAACUAUCAAAACCUGAAAAAUCUUACCUUGAGAUAUGUUAUCCCGAAAUAAGACGUCUUUAAGUGGUUUUGGAAAUCAAUUUUUCUGUCAUUAUACUCGGCGUUGUGUACAGUUCGCGCUCGAUCUCGUUCUGAUCUGAAGUCAUUAGAGUUUGCUAAUAAUAACCGCAGGAAGGGUGAUAUUGGGGAAUAUGACGUAGUCCUGGACUAUGUCUAUAACCAUCUGAGUAACUAUACUAACAGCAAAAAUAGCAGAGGCACAAAUGUCUUCGCAAUGGCUAUUGCAAAAUUUAACUGACUUUUGUCAUUGUUGUCAUUUUAAUGACAGAAGUCAGACAAACAUGACGUUUUAAUGACAAAAGGCAAAAAAGUGAGAAUUCGCUAAUGUUAAUUUAAACUUGUUUGUCUGAGUUUCAAUUCUAUAAAUAGCAACUGUGCGCAGCGUUAUUAGGUAAUACAAAAAGAAAAAAGGCAGAUAUUGAACAGUAUCAAACUAAUAUAGAUUACAUAACUAUGAAAUUUGUAAGAUACGUGUGUAACAGCCAAAUUAGCAAAGCUUUCGAGUUGGCUGCUGCUUAUUUGAAAAUAAGGAAAGUUAAAGAAAAAGCCAACAAUAAAUUACAGCGAACUAAUCCGUUAGAUGAAACAAGAGUUAUGAAAGCAUAAAUGAAAAUAUGAUUGGGUACUAUUAGUAAAACUAUCAUACAUUAAACAAUCGGAGUAUUGACAGGUUUCACACAAACAGGUAGAGAAAAUUGGGUUUAAAUUGUAUUUGAGAAGAUAAAGGAACUAUGGCUGAUAUGAUUUGCAGGCUUUGUACGAAAGGUAACUUUGCCGCUGGUGGUCCAGUACUCAGUUUUGGUCGGUGAAAAUUGCUCUUAGAUGCUAAUGUGAGUCAUGAGGGUGCUAUGAAACUGUGUUAGGAAUACUGGAAGACCAAGAGAGGAUAAAGGGGACAGAGAAGGCAUCCCCCAUACACACCCUAUUCCAUAUGUAAUUCGUCUCGAGUUAUUUUUAAGACCACAGAUCCCAAGGGGGAUUAGACAACAGCCAAUCACAUAGCGCGAAUGUGUUCCGCGUAGAUGACCUACGCUCAGAGCCACGCGUCCUUCACGAAUUGACGCAGAAAAAAAUGGCGGAAGACGCGGAGAGCGAUAUUGCUACUCGUUUUGUCGACGAAAACGACUAAAGAGAGAUUUCUGCUAAAGCUGAGUCAGUGAAACGGAAAUUAAAAAAGAAUCGCCCUUCCUCUCUUGUAUGGAGCUAACAGUACAGCAGGGAAAUCCUUAACACACUCAAUAUUCUCUCAGGAUCAUUUAUGAUUUACAGUUUGAAGAGAGCAAUUUCUGGUUUGAUAUUUAUUCUUUUAUUAGUCUUUUAUUGUUCAACAAAAAUAACACUUGGCGUCCUACUUGCUUUAUUGUACAAACGACCGGUUUCAAUAGACCGGCGAAAUUUCUCAUUUUAUUAAAGCACUGAGGUUACGACAACUUCUACUUAAAUUGAUUUCACGGUUUGUCAAAGAGUCCAGAGAUUCCCUUUUCCCAGGUAAGCGCCGACUCAUUUCGCUUGAAUAUUCAGGAAUGCUCUCGAUCUCUUUACGCUUUCAUUGCCUUUCGCCCGACAUGUUUUGCAAGGCGUUUAGUCAUGCGAAACCUCCACGAAACAUCCACGCAGCGCGCGAGGUAACUUUAUCCCGAUUCUAAAAAUAACUCGAGACGAAUUACCUUUGGAAUAGGGUGUGUAUGGGGGAUGCCUUCUCUGUCCCCUUUAUCCUCUCUUGUGGAAGACUGCUGAUGAAAAAUACGAAAACACGCAUGUCUUCAAUCACAUUCUUUAUAAUCAAGUUAAGAAUAUCAAGGAGUUUAUCAAAAACUUUGAAAGACGAACUCUAUUGCCAACGGAGAACAUACAGCAAAUGCAUUUAUUUUGAAGAUUAUAACUCUCUAGGUUAGAUGGCUAUACAUUUCUCCACGCUACAACUGCAUAAUUUAAACAAGGCUAUAUGAGUGUUUAAGCGUUUUGUAUGCCAACAUAGCGUCUUGAUUUACUCAUAUUCAAAUAUUUUUAGCCCGCUUGUUUUUAAAGUGGCUAAUUUGAUCUUUCUAAGUUAAAUGAGCGAUAGCUAGAGAUGUGCUAGAUAAACUCCAAUGUACUAUAUGCACGUUUUCCUCUCAAAACUAAAAAAACUUGUUAGACUGACUUUUUUCGUGGAUGAAGUUAUGUAAUAUGAAGUUGGUCUUUUUCAUGUUGAAAGAUAGUUUAUUAGCAGCACAAUAAUUGGGGAAUCUAGCCAUCUCACAAUACAUAUUAAACUGAUUCAACGUCAUGUAAUGUCAUCCGAAGAAGAGGAUGUUGACAUCAUCAAUAAUUCGGUGGAAAAUUAGCAAUGUCAUUGAUACUGAUAAAGCAAAAUAUUAGGGGGUCUAAGGGAGAUCAAGAAGUUAUCUAUAAUUGACGUGUCUGUGAUAACCAAUUUAUUGCUUAACAACAAUAAUAAUAAUAACAGAGAAUGUGGCAUAUGAAAACCGUUGUGAUCCCUGUGGUCGUUGGUGCGCUUGGUACAAUAACGAAGGGGAUGGUAGAAAACAUCAAGAAAGUAUCAGAGAGAGCUACUGUGACAGAUAUUCAAAAGAUCUGCAUGCUGGGAUCUGCACGAAUCCUCAGAAAGGUGCUUAGUGUAUGAACAGAAUGAUUGACUUGAGUGACUGAUGCUCCAGGUGCAUGGUUUGCGCCCGUCUGAUGCACAGAAAAAACACCAGCAGAGGCUGUGAUAGAAGCGACAAUAAUAAUGAUACUCACUGAUUCGGGACUCAAAAUCCUCCAAAAAAAGGCAAGGCAGUCCGUAGCUCCCUCUGAGGAAUUUAAUAAUUUAACAUCUACACCGGGAGAUAUUGGCAACCAGGAGACAUGAACAAACUAAGUUAUGGUGUGUGUUUCAUUAACUUGCUUGUUUUAUAAUGGUUUUUGCUGAAUUACUGCCAACAUUAACAAGAUGCUGAUUAAUCUGUACAGUAAUAUCCGAGUGAUCAGUCAAUAGGCUCUUUGCAUGACUUGAUCACGUGAUCAACUUUCGGUAAAAACGAAAACAGUUCACUUUUGAAAAAUUUUGUUAGCACAAGCUGAGAGAGCGUGUUAAAAGUAUGUAACCUGAGUAUUUUCAGUCGUAUGUCUCAAAAGUAGCGAUUGCAACGGCCGCCGAAAGUUGGAACUUUUGCCAUCCAGUCACGCUUGCAUGGUUUUCCAUACAAAUCCUUGCAAUUUCGAAAUUUUCAAGGCUUUCAUGAAAUAUUUUCUUAAGCAUUACAGGGCUCAAAUCGCAUCUCAUAAUCUUAUCUCAAAUUCAUAACAGGCAAUUUGAGCCCGUACAUGCGUAAGAGAAAGAAUUUAACGACAGUUUAAAAAUGUUAGAAUUUACAAGGAUUUGUAUGGAAAACCAUGCAAGCGUGACUGGGUGGUAAAAGUUGUUUUUCUCAUACAAAUGCUUCUAACUUUCGGCGGCCGUUACAAUCGCAACUUUGGAGAUUCACUGUAUCUAUGAUAUAGGACCAAUAACCGGCAUUGACAUCUGACCUCUAAUAUAUUGGUACUCAUCACAAAAUUAUUGUCAUCACCAAAAUAUAAUUUUUGUGAUAACUUGAUAUUUUUCGAUCGAGCAUACAAAUUACUAGUAGAUGGUCUGAGAUAUCAACUAGCGCAACCCUAGAAACCAAAUCCAUAUUUAUUUAGAAUUUUACCAGAUAUAGUCAAUCAAAGAAGAUAAUUCCAGCAGCUUGUUAGAGUAAAGCACUUUUAGGUACUCUUCAGUUAUUGGAAGCUCAGCUAUAUUUAAGAAAAUCGAUAUUAAAAUCUCCUGGAAUAUAAAUCUCAGACUUAACGUAUCUCUUUGAUUAAAGAAACAAGCCAACAUUAUUAUUAAUAUAUUACGAGGUAGUAUCAAAGUGACAAAAAAUCCAGGCCCACAUAUUAAGUAACAGCGGCUAAUGCGUAGCUUUAUAAGGAACUUGAGAUCCGACGACAGCCGCAACGGUAACGAGAAAGUCAAAAAAAAAAAUAGCAAUAGGUUAAAUAACUGAGAAGAACAGCAACUUCAACUUUACACGUGCAUCACACUUUUUCUGUACAAUUCCUUGCUGUCACUGCACGACUUUGCCUAAUUUGGCGUUUUAUAGAGGACAUAAACAAGCGACGGCGAAAUUCUGUUUCUCUUUCUGAACUAGAGUAUGGUUCUUAGGAAUUGAACGGCAGGAGAGUUCGCCUACAUUUGACAAAAAAGUAAAAGAGUACGAAUAAUCGCGAUAAAGAUUAAAAGAAAGUGAAUUCACUUUUUAUGCGACGUUUUCGCUGCUUCUUCGUCCUCGGAUCUUAAUGUCCCUAUUACUUCAUUAAUUACUAACACGUUCCCCAUUCACCGCCCCCACAGAUAACCGGUGGUGACUUAAUGUCAAACCUCAUGGAAAUGGAAAGCGGAAAGGUGUUUGACUCGCACAAGGAAACACUCGGUAGCAUGUUACGAGAAGGAGCCCGCCUUAUAAGUGUAGCGCAGAGAAAAAACACUGACGAGCGAAAAAGAUCAUCGUUCUUUACUAACCUCUUCAACAGGGAGUGAGAAUUUGCAGCAUUAAAGAACCUCACUG